CUCGUCUACAAGCCAAACUUAUUUUUCCUUUGUCUUAAUAGUGGCACCUAUCAAAGAGCUUAUUGUGUUUAGAUUUACUUUUGAAAACAAUCUUGCCUUCACCCAUGGUGAAUCUGAUGUUAGGUAUAGAGAUCUCUCUUGUAUUUGAUUGAGCAAUGAGAAUACACUUAUGAAGGGGCUUUUUGAAGGGAUCUGAGAGGAAAUAAAUUAAGGAAAUGAGAGGAAAGGGUUGAAGACAAGAAGAUGAUGGCAAUUGAGAGUGUAGAAGCCGUUGCUAUCAUGGAUUUGGGAGAAUCUAGUGAGGCAGAGGAGAAGAUGAUGGGAAUCAAGACGACAGCAUAUCUACUACGUCAUGUGAUCCAUUACACACCCAACGAGGUCCAGUCACAUGAGCUAGAGCUAAGAAGAUGCGUGAAGCUUUAAAUGGCCUUAUUGAGCAGAUCUGGGUUGAAAACAACAUACAACAAGCAAAUCAAAGCUUGGAUGAUUAUCAAGGCAUGGUAAACAUCAUUCAGGUUCAAGAGAAGCUUAGUUGAGGUCAUUUGCAUGGAAUUACAAACUUUGC